AUGUCAACUGAAUGUCUGACUGACGCCGAGUGCGAGAAACUCUUGGAAACGAUGACCAAAAGCGGUGGACAAGACUUGGCGGCCAAUCACAUGAAGCAACUCAAGACUUAUUGCCGUCAAAGCGAUGGUAACAUCGAUCGGGUCUUUCGCCAACUGUUCAACGCGUUGGUCGCAAAUCACUCGCAAAUCCGUGUCUCAGCGAUGAUGAUAGUGUCGGAGCUGUUCCAGAGGUCGCACCGCUUUCGGCUGCAAGUGAUUGAGAAUAUGAACCAAUUGUUUGAAUUGUGUCUCGAAUUGAAUCCAAACCGAAAUCGCAAUUACUGCUAA